GCUAUGUGACGUAAACUGAGCUGUUGAUAAAAUAGACUGCACUGGGUUCGAGAGCGGAUUAUAGCGAGAAGCGGCUGUCAGUGGAGGACAGGACAGAGAGCGCUGACACAUGAACCCUAUCACAGGGUAAGGGGGCUUCUCCAAGGCUUGAAUGGACUGGAGAGGGAAGAACAGCUUUCAUGCAGCAGCACAGCAUCUCCAGCGCUGGAUAAGAAAAUCCACUGAGAAAAGUUAAGGAGUGGAAACCCCAACAAAACCCCCCAUCUCCCUCUUCCCCCCCUCCCCCCCCAAAAAAAUAACCAUGGAUAUCAGCCUUAACAGUACGGCGCUACCGCUGCAGGACAAUGUGACCAGUAAUGUCCCAGUGAAGCCCGGGGAAGCCUGGAUGGUGGGCAUUGGCAUACUGAUGUCUAUCAUAGUCCUGGUCAUUGUUUUUGGAAACAUCAUGGUAAUCACUGCCAUAGCCAAGUUCCAGAGGUUGCAGACGGUCACCAACUAUUUCAUCACCUCCCUGGCUUGCGCUGACCUGGUGAUGGGUCUGAUUGUGGUGCCCUUUGGGGCUAGCUCCAUCAUGCUGAACAUAUGGGAGUUUGGCAACAUGUGGUGUGAGUUCUGGACAGCGGUGGACAUCUUGUGUGUCACAGCCAGCAUAGAAACCUUGUGUGUCAUAGCAGUGGACAGGUAUUUUGCCAUUACCUCUCCAUUCAAGUACCAGAGCCUGCUGACCAAGUGCAAAGCAAGGAUUGUCAUCCUUUUGGUGUGGGUGGUCUCUGCACUCACCUCCUUUCUCCCUAUCUACAUGGAGUGGUAUAAGACUGAGGAGAAGAAGGCUACUGAAUGCUACCUUGAUGACACCUGUUGCUACUUUUAUACCAACCCAGCCUAUGCCAUAUCUUCCUCCAUCAUCUCCUUCUACCUGCCUUUGGUGGUUAUGAUCUUUGUCUAUGCUAGGGUCUUCCAGGAGGCCAAAAAACAGCUGAAAAAGAUAGACAAGUGUGAGGGUAGGUUUCACAGCCAGAACACCCAACAGGACACAAAUGGCAAGCAAGGCAACAAGAGGACCUCAAAGUUCUGCUUGAAGGAGCACAAAGCACUAAAAACUUUGGGCAUCAUCAUGGGCACUUUCACCCUGUGUUGGCUCCCAUUCUUCAUAGUCAACAUUGUCCAGGUGAUAUACAGUGACGUCAUCCCUGACUAUAUUUACACCUUCUUGAACUGGGUGGGAUAUGUCAACUCUGCCUUUAACCCCCUCAUCUACUGCAGGAGUCCAGACUUCAGGUACGCUUUCCAGGAGCUGCUAUGCCUAAGGAAACCAGGCAGCAAGCACUAUGCCAAUGGGUAUCCUCAAAGUAAUGGUAACAGUGUAUACAUGGAGGAAUCUGAAGCUGCUCCCUUGGGGAAGGAUAGAACUUGUGAAGUUUUAUUUAAAGAAGACAAACUGCCCAGUGGAUCCCUUUUGGACUACGAAGGUACUGUGCUAGAUCAUAGACUCGAACCACUGGGCAGAAAUCACAAUACGCACGGUGAUUGUUUAUUAUAGGAUUUCCUAUUAUUAUUAUUAUUAUUAUUGUGGGAUUUUUUAUUUUAUUUUUUGCUGUUGUUUGUUUUGUUUUUUUUAAACAAAAACAACAACCACAAACUGGAUCAUUGCAAUACAAAGGUCAGAACUUUAUUUUAAUGUAUGUGUGUAUGCUACCAAGAAAAUGGAUGUCUUUAUAAAUUUUAUGUUUGCAGAUGGGCGGUGCCCUAGUCUAGCAAAAGGUGUACAUUUAUUAGGCAAGUGGUUAUGUCUGUAUAGUUUCACUUCUUAAAUUAAGGUAAGAAAACAGUGACUUAAUAUCCUGUGGCUUUAUAGAUAUUUUUUUUAUAUAUAUAUAUUGUUUUUGUUUUGGCAUUGUUUUUUUUUUUUUUGCUGUCUCCUUUACAAAACGAAUCUACCUCAUGGAACUGAAAAAAAACAAACCAACAAAAAGAAUUGUAAAGUGAUAGUUUUUUUUUUGUUUGUGCGUUUUAAUGCAUGUUUUAAAUUUGUAAGUCCUGACUGCAAAAUGAAUGCACCACUGUUGAAGAGGCUGGUCUCUCCAGCAGUUAGUGGGUUAAAUGGUGAAUGUCAUUUCAAGAUGUAAUCCUGAAACAAAACAAAAUUGGGAAGAGUGUCUAUACCAAAACUUUAUCCUCCUUAACCCAAGGCAAAUACAUUGUAUCCAGAUCAAAGGAUUAUGGAGGUGCCCAUUACCCAAAAGUAAUGUCCACACUGAUCAAUUCAAUUUGCCAUGCAGUUUUUUGUUGUUUUUUUUAAGCAUUUAUUUAAUUUGUCUUGGGUAUUAGGAUGUGAAGGACCAUUUGAGUUCACUUAAUUUUAGCAGUCGAUUGAGAACCCAUCCCCUUCACUACAGAAAUAAAAUAUGCAUAUCCUAUACCUUUUAACCCAUUGAGUGCAAUAUGUGUGCUGAAUUUUCUGCGUCACUCGCCUGGCUCUCAAAAGGUUAAACUGUCAGCCUGCUGUUUAUGCAAAUGGUGUAUCAGACAGUUGCAGUAGGACUGAGUAAUGUAAGUGGUCACUGCACAAAAAGCUCUUUUUUUCUUCUUUAAGAUUGAACACAACAGAUGUUUCCCUCUGCACUUCUUCAGUGCUAGCUAAAAAAAUAAGACCUGGGAGUUAAUCAGUUAACUAGAGUAAUUUGCUGGUUCAGACAGGUUCCUGGCUAGAUAUAUGUCAAAGCAAUUUCUCAUUCCCCAGAUCCAGUUUAACUAACUAUAAAUAUAAUUGAGUACUUCUAAAGUCAUUUACAGUAAGUAACCAGUAAUGGAAUGAAUAAGCCACAGAGACUAUCACAGUACUAUGCCUGCCUAGUUACAGCAACAAUCACUUAUAUGAAGACAAUUACCUUUUUUGUUACUUUUAGAUUAAGCAUUCCAAAUUAAGCAAUUACAGCUUCUGGAACAAUACAACAGAUAUGGACAUUUGUACCAAUAUGUUUAAGACUGUAACCUGCUGCUGGGAAUGAAGUCCUAUCUAAGUCACUUUAUGUUGGAGGGAGGGGGAUGUGUUCUCAUUAUCAGAGUAAGCACUCAUUUUGGUUGAGCAUAUCCACAGACAGUACACAUUUACCCCCUCAGCACAUACCCGGUCACUAGAUGAUCAGCUAUUUGCACAUUUCCAAGCCAUACAGUAUUUUGUAUGUUGCUCUAAUUAAAGGUCAUUGUAACUAUAUUCCUGUUUGUUUGUGUUUUUAUCCUGUUUUGUUUUGUUAUUUUUUUUUAUCAUUACUUCUUAGGCAGGUAAAGAAGUGUGCAAGCCAUACCUAUUUUUACAUUCUCUGCUCACUGAUUACAAUAUGUAUUUUUACCAUAAUCCAUUAGAAAUCAAUUCUCCCAUUCUGUCAUUAAUUCUUUUUUAAAUCAGUCUACCAUCUGAGAUCUUCCCAAAUAGUAGAUACUUUGUCAAUACAGGAAUGCAUAAUUAGAUUCUGGCGGUUUAGUCACUAAUCUUCAAAUUGCAG